AAGGCGAGGGCGGGCUUGGUUUGACCUAGAAGAGGAGAAGAUGGCGGCUGCUGUGGGGUUGUCCCAAAAGGUGCGUCACUUCAGCACCUCUUUGGUCAGGCCAGCAUCAAGGUUGGUGCAGCCCCCCAUCCAAGUGUAUGGACUGGAAGGCCGAUAUGCCACUGCACUCUAUUCUGCUGCUUCUAAGCAGAAGAAGUUGGAUCAGAUUGAAAAAGAGCUGAGUCGAGUAUUGGCACUUAUUAGGGACCCUAAAUUGUCUGGUACUGUCAUGAACCCUCACAUAAAGCGCACAGUAAAGCAAAAGGCUGUAAAUGAUGCUUUAGUUAAAGAGAAACUGUCUCCUGUCACUGUCAACUUCGUCAAUGUGCUUGCUGAAAAUGGUCGUUUACGUUACACCCCAGGUGUAAUUUCCGCAUUUGGUAAGAUCAUGAGUGCAUACCGUGGGGAAGUGCUGUGUUCUGUUACCACUGCCCAGCCCUUGGAUGACACUAGUCUUACUGAAUUGAAAACAGCUUUGAACGGCUUUUUGGCUAAAGGAGAAGUACUGAAACUGGAGGUCAAGACUGACCCAACAAUCUUGGGAGGAAUGAUUGUCAGCAUUGGGGAUAAAUAUGUGGAUAUGUCUACGAAGUCCAAGGUUCAGAAACUGACUAAGAUAAUGAGAGAGGCUGUCUAGUGUUCAUCACAAGAUGUUUUUCAUGAAACUUA